GCGAACCGUACUUAUAAUCAUGACGUCACUUAAGGGCCCGUUCGGAGGUAUCGUAACCUAUCGAGGGGCGUGGCUUCGGCUUCCUGGGGUUACGUAAUAGCAAAACGUGACUCGGUCGUUGCGUCGUAGCCGCUGGUACAAAGUGAGUCAGACAGAAAUAAGAACAUUGUGUCUCGCGGAUUCUGCACAUAGCAAACGCCACGGAACCGGAACGGAGCAGUCGGUGCGUCCUGUCUCCAGCUCAAUGGACGAGUGGAGCCGAAGGAGACGACGCUGAAGAGGAGCAUGUCGACAGACGAAUGAUGUGCUCCACGGAAAACAGCCAGGAGCCCAAAUACACGUCCGACCCGGCGCUCAUCCUGGAGCUCAAGACCCGGCGGCCCCCGUCCCUGGUGGGCCGGGCGGGCUGCGAGACGUGGAGCGUGGACUUCUCCCCGGACGGAGCGUGGUUCGCCUGGUCGAUGGGCCACGGGAUCGUGUGGGUGGUCGCCUGGCCUCUGGACUCAGAUUGUGCUCUUUUCACCCACAGGGACGGUCAGAGUGGGGAGACCGACCGAGGAGACAAGAGCUUCAGCUGUGGUCACCCAGUGUGGGGCCUCGCCUUCGGACCCAGGCCUCCAAAACCGGCCAAGGCGGCACGGCCGGCUCAAAUCCCAUCAAAGUGGAACAAAAGCCUGCUCCUAGCCACAGGCUUGGAGAACGGGGUGAUCAAGAUCUGGAACGUCUCAACUGGUGAGGCUGUGUUUGACCUCUACGGUCACGAAGGUGUGGUUAGGGACCUGGUCUUCCCUCAGAAUGGGACGCUCACACUCAUCUCAUCAUCUCGGGACAAGACUUUGAGGAUUUGGGACCUGGCACAGAAAGGUAAAAAGGUGCAAGUGCUUUCUGGACACAAAGACUGGAUCAGCUGCUGUGCCGUGUCACCAGACUGCAGCAUGGUUGCAUCUGUUGGACGAUUUGACAGAAUGGUUUGUUUGUGGAGUCUCCGUUCAUACACAUUCAUCAGGAAUCUGAUUGGAGGGACCCAUAAGACCUUGUAUCUCCUGUCUUCCUGUGACUUCUCUCCUGACGGGGCAAUGCUGGCCACUGCAGCCUUCAGCGGUUCCAGCUGGUGGAUCGACCUCUGGGAUCCGUACACGGCAGAGAAACUGACAACUCUGGUUGACUACUUUGAAAAUUAUGGGCAAAACCAAAUCUCAUCAAUACAGUUCUCCCCCAGCGGUUUGCACCUGGCGAUUGUGACCGAUGACAGAGCUCUUCGGAUCUGGGAGCCAGGAAGGAAAGGCAUGGUGAUGCAGACGAAAGUGGACAGAGACUCGAAUGGACUGUGCUGCAACUACCAUCCACAAGGGGGCGUAGUUGCUACUGGAACCAGAGACGGACAUGUGAGGUUCUGGAAGGCCCCCAGGACGGUGCCCAGCUUGAGCCACUUGUGCCGACUUAUCCUGCGCCACUCUGUCUCCACGCAUCAGAUGGAGCCGCUGCCCCUCCCCAAGAGAAUCCUCGAGUACCUCACCUACAGAAACAUCCCUCAGCACCUUUUCGUUUCAAAGCUUGAUUUGUCAUAGAAAGCAGCUCCUAAUGUCAUAAACAUUAGAUGCAACAUUCCAACACUGGAGUUAAUUUUUUGCACUACUACUGAAGGACACUUGCCGUCCACAUGGACAUUUGACUUGAAUGAUGCAACUGCUAAUACUGUUAAUUUAUUCUGUAAAUGUUUUGUGUUCAUAUGUUUCUAAAUGUUUAUCAACCUAAAGUGAAAACUGCUACUUACCUGCACAUUAAUUGCUAAUAACACAAUUUAUAUGGGAAAUAAUGUUUUAUUAAACAGACUCAAAUGCAAAAGAAUCAUUUUUACACCAUGGAGAAACUGAUACUGAAUUGAUUAUAUGCUGCUUUCUGUCCAACGUCAGUGACUCAGAGCUGCUAGCAUUUGUGCCUUUGAGACAUCUGCCUAAUUCUACAUUUAUGCAGCGACAAGACCUUUUCGAACAUCUGUUUUCUUCCACAACAAAAAUGUG